AUGCGGGCCGCGCUCGCCGCGCUGGCGGCUUGCUGCGUGGUAGCGAGCGCCGAGGUACCCUCCGCGCGCCUCGCCCCGCGCAACACCACCGCCCAUCACGUCCUUCAGUGCAGUGAUGGGCUUGUGCUACCUGCCUGGCUACCUCUUGAAGAUGUCCCGAACGUCGAAAUCGCUAUCCGCGGGUCCGUCUACUUCCUGUCACUACUCUAUCUAUUUAUCGGCGUAUCUAUCGUCUCUGACCGAUUUAUGGCAGCUAUUGAAGUCAUUACCUCCAGAGAGAAAGAGGUGCGCGUACGGCGAAAUGGAAGUGAUCAAAUUAUUGUCGUGCGCGUGUGGAAUGAAACUGUAGCCAAUUUAACUUUAAUGGCACUCGGUUCGAGUGCGCCGGAAAUCUUACUAUCAGUCAUCGAAAUAGCUGGGAAAAAUUUCGAAGCUGGUGAUUUAGGCCCUGGCACAAUUGUGGGAUCAGCUGCGUAUAAUUUAUUUGUUAUCAUCGCCAUUUGCGUUUUUGUGAUUCCGGACGGCGAAGUGAGAAAAAUAAAACAUCUAAGAGUGUUCUUGGUCACAGCGUCAUGGUCAGUUUUUGCAUAUGUUUGGUUGUAUUUAAUUUUAGCUGUGAUUUCACCAAGCGAAGUGGAAGUAUGGGAAGGCUUAGUCACAUUCCUUUUCUUCCCAGCCACAGUCUUAACAGCCUAUAUAGCUGACCGAAGGCUAUUAGUUUACAAGUAUUUGAAAAAGGGUUACCGUGUAAACGAACGUGGCGUGAUCGUAGAAGUGGAAGGUGAUGGCUCAGUUGAAAUGGCCUUAAAACCCUGUGACUUUGGUGACGACGAAGAAGGCCGGGAGCUUGAAAAAUCUAGAAAAGAAUACGUACAAGUGCUGCGUGAUUUAAGAAAACAACACCCUGAAGAGGAUUUAGAAACGGUUGAACGCAUGGCACUAGAAACAUUAAUGGCAAAAGGCCCAAAAUCUCGUGCAUUUUACAGGGUGGCAGCUACGCGUAAAAUGACUGGUGGUGGUGACUUUUCCAGAAAAAUAUCUGAAAGAGCACAGAGUGAUUUGAGCGAAGUAAAAGCUGAGCUGCAACGUCGUGAGUCAAGUUCAGUGACUGCGGAGCCCAGAGGACCACAUGUUCGCUUUGAUCCCGACCACUAUACGGUGCUGGAAAAUUGUGGUUCGUUUGAAGUACGUGUGGUUCGCGGCGGCGAUCUAAGCGGUGAAGUCACCGUUCAGUAUACCACCGAGGAUGGGACGGCGGAAGCUGGUUCAGAUUAUGUAGCAGCACAGGGAUCACUCACAUUCGGACAUGGAGAAACUGAAAAGAAAUUUUCUGUUCAAGUUAUAGAUGACGAAGUCUUUGAGGAAGAUGAGCAUUUUUUCGUUCGACUCAGCACUCCGAAGGGAGCUUGCUUGGCUUCGCCUUCGAUGGCGACUGUGGUGAUCUUGGACGAUGAUCAUUCGGGUGUGUUUUCGUUUUCGCAAAGAGACUAUGAACUGACAGAGUCGGUUGGGACGUAUGAGUUAAAAGUGGUAAGGACUGCUGGCGCCAGAGGUCGUGUACGGGUCCCAUAUAACACAGAAGAUGGUACCGCAAAGGUUGGUGCACAGUUCGAGGCAUCAGAAGGACACCUUGUCUUUGAGAACAACGAAACUGAGUAA